AUGGCGAUCUCCACGGCCGGCAGAGGCAUUUCUGUGGUACUUGGCCUGGCGCUGGCAUCCGCGACGGCGGAGGCCAGCUUGGGCGAUCGCUUAUUUGAGGGUGCCCUCAAGUAUGCCAAUCAGAGCCUGCAUGGCCGCUUCAUCACCCAGAUGGUUGACGGCUCCCUGCCUCAAGCGGCCUUUGACUACUACCUGGCCCAGGACAACCUCUACCUCUCCAAGUAUGCCCGCGCCUUCGGUAUUCUUGGCGCCAAGGCAGCCAGCACGGAGGAGCUCGCCUGGCUGCUGAACCAGUCGGUGGGCUUUCUGCACGAGCACGGCAAGAAGGCCAACAGUGAGCUCAGGGAGAGCACUUUCGAAGAAGAGGCCUCCGCGACUACGAUCGCCUACACCUCCUUCAUCCUCCAGUCUGCUUGGGGGGAUGACAUGAUCAUGGGAUAUGCAUCCGUGCUGCCGUGCCAGCGGCUUUAUGAUUGGCUUUUCGCCACGCUGAAUCGUACCAAGCACAUCUCCGUGGAGAACCCCUACAAAAAGUUUAUCGAACAGUACGCCGCUCCGAGCAACCAUGCGAUCACGCUGAAGAUGGAAGGAUUCCUUGAGCAGUAUGCCACACAUGGCUUGUCCGAUGAGUGGCUUGCGCGAGCUCAGUUCCAUUACGACACCGCGAUGAAGUACGAAGUGCAGUUCUUUGACCAGGCGAUCCAGCAUUGCCUGGAGACAGGUUGUGCAGAUGUCCACGGGGCUAGGACGCACCUCAGAGCUUUGGCCGAGGCCGGGCUUUUCAAGAAGGUGGCGGAGGCCAUGAAAGACCUUUGCAAGGAGGUGAACUUCGACUGCUCAGAGAAGGGCAUGCAAGUUCAGAGCAUGGACAGCUCCCACGUGGCGCUGGUGUCGCUGAUGCCCCUCGGUAGAUGGCUUCGUGAGUCGGCCUUCACGGAGUUCAAGUGCGACCGGCCGGUGUCGCUUGGCAUGAACGUGGACUCCUUGACUAAGAUUUUGAAAAUGACCGGCCCAAGCGACACGUUGAAGAUCCGCCACAAGGGUGACACGGACGUUGUCAACUUUCAGUGCGAGGGCUCGGAUGAUCGUAUUUCAGAGUUCGACUUGAAGCUGUUCCAGAUUGAGAACGAGCACAUGGAGAUCCCCGAGCAACACUACAAGGUAGUUGCGAAGAUGCCCUCCGCAGAGUUUCAAAAGAUCUGCAGGGACCUCAAGGAGUUUGGGGAGACCUUGCAUUUGACAGGUGACAAAGAUGGGCUAAAGUUCGUCGUGUCAGGCGACAUCGGCAGUGGCAACGUCCUUCUGAAGCCGCGGGAGACGGAGAAGCCAGAGGAAAAGGUGUCCCUUACCGUGCACGAGCCGGUGACCGCUGCCUUUGCCCUGCGCUACUUGGUGAACUUCUCAAAGGCAUCGCCACUCUGUGGCUCCGUCACCUUGGGCUUUGCCCCUGAUGCGCCGCUGUUGGUGCAGUAUGACCUCGAGACUGAGGACAAGGGCCACAUGAAGUUCUACCUCGCGCCGAAGAUCGACGAGUGA